AUGGAGAAAAAAAUCACCAAGCCAUCUGCCGACCCGGCAGUGGAAGAGAAGGGACAUUUGGAGCAGCCCGAGGGCUCGAUCAGAGCCGUCGGCAUUGUUCAAGAUGCCCACCACCACUUCGAGGAACUCGGCGAGCUCAAGCAGGGGCUUCAGCAGCGACACAUUCAGAUGAUAGCGCUUGCGGGGGCGAUUGGGACCGGGCUCUUCUUGGGCUCAGGAAUCGCACUGGCCAAAGGCGGCCCAUUGGGAGCCUUCUUGGGAUACACCAUCACUGGCGUUCUCGCGUCGAGCGUUGCCCUCGCUGUUGGAGAAAUGGGCGCCCUUGCUCCGUUGAGUGGCGGUAUCGUGCGCUACGCCGAGCUGUUCGUGGAUCCCGCCCUCUCGUUCGCAGUGGGGUGGAAUAUCGUCUAUUUCUACCUUGUCUCCAUCCCCAACGAGAUUGUCGCUACAGCGGCCUUGAUCGAGUUCUGGGUCUCGACCAACAAUGCCAUUUGGAUCACAAUUUUCUCUCUCUUAGUCGUUGUCUCGUGCUCCCUCUUCGUGAGAGUGUACGGCGAGCUCGAGUUUACCUUCUCAAUGCUGAAGAUCCUCCUCAUAGUCUUCAUCAACAUCCUUGCGCUCGUUGUAACUUGUGGGGGUGGCCCUAGUGGCAGCGCAAUUGGGUUCAAAUACUGGCAUACGCCCGGUCUUUUUGUGCAAUACCUUGGUGUUCCCGGAGCUUUGGGUCGGUUUAUGGGAUUCUGGUCAACUUUCAGCAGCGCCGUAUACUCGUACUCUGGUAUCGAGAACAUUACCAUGGCCGCGUCCGAGAUCGACUAUCCCAGACGGGCGAUUCCUCAAGCGGCAAAGCGCAUAUUCGUGCGAAUCAUCCUCUUCUAUGUUGUGUCCAUCUUCAUGGUGACACUCGUCGUGGCUUCGAACGAUCCAUCCCUGCUCGGUGCAUCAAGUACGUCGGCUUCACCUUUCGUCAUUGCUGCGAAUAAUGCAGGUAUCAAGGUCGUCCCGUCGAUCAUCAAUGCCAUAGUCAUUACCUCUGCAUGGUCCUCAGCCAAUGCGGGCAUGUUGGUAGGCACACGUGCGCUAUACGGCAUGGCGAAAGAAGGCCGCGCCCCCAAGAUUUUCGCGCGGCUGAAUCGGUACAGCAUCCCCUACGUUGCCGUCACGCUGUUCUCAGUCUUCUUGGCCCUGGGCUAUCUCACACUGUCUGACUCUGCUUCCGUUGUCUUCUCAUGGCUCAUCAAUCUGAUCGCCGUGGGGGCUCUGGUCAACUGGUCUGUCAUUCUUAUCACGUAUCUACGUUUUCAGUACGGCUGCAAAGCGCAGAGCAUCGAUCGACAUGAACUCCCUUGGGCCGCGCCUUUCCAACCUUACUUGAGUUGGGUUUCCCUGUCUGUGUUCAUCCUGCUGCUUCUGACCUCUGGGUACACCGUUUUCAUCAACGGCCACUGGAGCGCCCAGACAUUCGUCUCGUCAUAUAUCAACAUACCUAUUAUCCUUGCGCUCUACUUCGGAUAUAAAUUGACGAGGCGGACGAAGGUGAUCUCUUUGGGAGAAAUCCCUAUCCGCACCUUCAUUCAGAUAGCCAACGACAACCCGGAGCCUCCCGCCAAGCCGAAGCAGGGUCUGAGACGUCUGAAUAUACUCUGGUCCUAG